CCCGGAUCCGAUCCCAUCUUGAAAACCCUAAAAGAACCUAGAUCCCUAAACAGUACAUUGUCGAUGGGGAGCCAAUCUAAUCGUGCUGGUGUUCUCGAUGAAGACGAGUGGCUUAAGCUUGAGGAGCGGAAAAAUAUGCUGGCUUGGAUCGAGUACAUGGAAAUUACCAUGGGGAAAUACAAGACACCACCGCCAAUGGAAAUCGUUCUGUACCCAGAUCUCAUGGAUAGAGCAUGGGGAUGGAGCAGGCUGGUGAUCUACGAGGUGGCAGAUACUACUGUUGAGUGGCCCGUUUUUAUGAAAUAUCUGAACGAGUAUUUCAAACGCAAUGCUGGUUCUCUUUUCAACAUGAGUGCAGCUGCCCGUCACUGUCUCAAGGAGGAGGGCAGGUAUCGCAUGAUUCAUGAAAAAGAUCUCAGCGCUGAAGACAUAACCUUGAGCGACAGUAUCAAGAAGCGAGCAAUCCAUGUUUUGAACUCAGAGGUUAAAUCUGUUGCUGCAGCUUCUGGAUUGAUGUGUAUGGCGGAGGAGGCCAGGUUGAUGUCUGACUUGCGAGGAGAUCAUUUCGAAACCAUUUCUGUCUUUUCGAGCUAUAUCAGGCAGAGUGCCCUGCGUCUCACGCACUACCAAGGGUCUGAACCUGAUUCCAUUGCUGCUGCCCUUCUGGGUUUGGUGAAGGAGACUAUCUCUGUGCGUAACCUGAUGAAUCGAGGGAACACCAACAUCAGUGUAGACGAAUUAGAGUGUGGAUUUAUCCGAGAGGCUACUGUUCCACUUUUGGAGAAACUUGAAAAUCACUUUGCUCGUGAAAUUUCUUGUACUGUAGAUGAGCAUGCCAGUUCGCUUAUAAGGGAUAACACUGUUGGGGGAUUCAAAGCUGACAAAUCAGAGAAGCCUACAAGGGACAGCACUGUGGUGGAGUUGAAACCCAAUGCAAAUGAAAAGCAAAAGAAUACAAAGGAUCGUGGUGGAAAGAACAACCUUGGGAAUGGAAAGAGGAAGAGAUCUGAUAAGUAACGGCAUUGCUGCAGAACUGAAGAUAAUGUACUUGAAAGGAACAACGAAUUAGGAAGGAAGGAUGGUUAAGUCGCCCCUGUCACUGAUUUCUCUUUGGCUGACACCUGGUUUUCCUGUUAUGAGCCUUGAUCAACUUAAGUCAAGGGACCUGGAGAAGCGUAUCAAAUCUGCUAUUUUCAUAUACCAUGCCGGAGUGUAUUUGGCAUAUUCUGCUGUGUUACUUACUGGGUCAUUGAUGAACAGCAGAGUGUUUUACUUGACAGCUAUAUGUUUGUAUUUGCUAAUUAAGCAGGAGUAGCUAUUGCCAAUGAAGUAAGA